AUGAUCGAGGACAUCAUUAACCAGGCCCCGUUCGACUCUUUUGGCCGCUGGCUAGUCGCGCGGGGGGACGAGUGGGAGGGACCCCUCGUUCCCAUCGCGGCCGAGAGGCAGCAGCGCUUUCGGCAGCGCACGGCCGAUGGACAACAGAUUGGUGCCUCCAGCCAUCGGGCGGCAAUUCCUCCGUUGCUCCCCUUUGGCCUCACAGCGGAUGAGCAUUUCGAGCAGUCCUUGCACUUGGGCACGCGGCCACUACCUACGGAAUUGCGCCCAAUCUUGGACACCGACCUCAUCUUCGCGGCGGACAUGCAUGCAAAGCACAGGGGGUCCCUGCGUGCUAUUCGCCAGCAAGCCGUCGGUGCACUCAAAGAGCUCAAACGGCGAUGGGAGUCGGUCGGAGCGCGGCUGCGAACACUGCAGCCGAAGUCGCUGCGCGAGGCCACGCGUUAUCGAGACCUCGGCCUGACCGCCUUGCUCAUCAUCUUGACCUGCUGGGGUGAUGUUACCUACCCGUUCGGGCUUAUAUCCAAGGACUUCCAAGCCUGGCCGGCUGGACGCCUGCAGCGGGAGCUCCGAGGGAGCCCGUUCCGGGUGAUCCCGCGGUGCGCGAUUACGCAGGGCUCAGGCAAGCACCGCAUCAUCGACAACGCGGCCGAGGGAGGUCAGUCCGCCGCUUCGUCCGAUGCCAACAAGCUGCUGCUCUGUUCCCCCCUGCGUCCCGCCCAACACCUCAGAGCAACUGUGUCCCUCAUGUCCGAGGAGGAACUGGGCCGCGCCAGGGACGAGGACGCCUGGGAGACGGGCGGCGAGGAUUGGCCGAAUGCCUAUCGUCACUCGCCAAUGUCUUCGACGGAGGCUCGUGCCUGCGUGGUGUGUUUCUGGCAUCACGAGUGGCAACAACCGGCCUUCCAGCUGUAC